AAGGACCCUCUUGGGGAGCUGUUGAGGGGAAAGGGUUUUUGACUCGGCUGAAGGAAGGCAGCAGAGAGAGAUUAUCAGAACAGGACAAGAAGCAAAAGGAUUUCCCAACGCUCAAGAUUCUCUCUAUGUGGAGAGCAGUGAGUGAGAGAGGAAGAGCAGAACGGAACUCCACAGAUGUUUUCUGGUGUAUGAGGGUAACUGUCCUGUUGCAGGCGUGGUGGACGGCGAGGAGGUGGAGGAAGGGUGGUGGUGACAGAGGCCAUAUAUAGCAGUUGCUCAAGCCUAUCUUUAUCCAGACUUCGCUGUGGGUGUGAAACUGAGGAGAAACCAGAGAAACUACAUCUGCACAGAAGAGGAUAUCAGUGAGACAUUCACAAUGACUGAACCAACAAUUACCGAGAAAGAGAAGAAGAAAGUGAUUGCUGCUGGUCUGAGUGGGAGAAGAGCCAUCCCGCCCAACGUGUCCAACGCUGAAGAAGAUGAGGUUCCCACAAUGGAGCUGACUGGGUUGGUGCCAAGAGGAGUUAAACUGCAAGAUUUUCUGGAAGCCCAGGAAAUCAAUGUAUUCAGCCGUGAACAUGAAAUUAAUAAACGGGAACACCACACAGACAAAUACGACAACUUCAAACUGAUUGUACGCCGGGGACAAUCUUUCCAUAUCCAGAUUCAUUUCAACCGUCCGUACAAUCCACAAGAGGAUCGCUUCUGGAUUGAGUAUGUUAUAGGGAGAUAUCCCCAACCGAACAAAGGCACGUAUAUUCAAGUUCCUUUGGUUAAAGAGCUGCAAAGUGGGAAAUGGGGAGCUAAGAUCACCAGCAGUGAAAACAACACUGUCACCCUGAGCGUUUUGUCAGCACCAAACUGCAUUGUGGGAAAGUUCCGCAUGUACAUCGCUGUUUUGACUCCAUAUGGAAUCCUUCGGACAAGACGAAAUCCAGACACAGAUACAUACAUACUUUUUAACCCCUGGUGUGCAGAGGAUGCUGUGUUUCUGAAUGAUGAACAGGAACGACAAGAAUAUGUCCUGAAUGACCUUGGACUAAUUUUCUAUGGCGACCCUGACAAUAUAAGAUUCAGGAGCUGGAAUUAUGGUCAGUUUGAAGAGGGCGUUUUGGAUGCUUGCCUGUACCUGAUGGACAGAGCAAAAUUGGAUCUAUCUGGCCGAGGAAAUCCUGUCAAAAUCAGCCGGGUUGGCUCUGCAGUGAUCAAUUCUCAAGAUGACCAGGGUGUGCUUGUUGGGUCUUGGAGCAAUUUUUAUGAAUAUGGAGUCCCACCAUCAGCCUGGACAGGAAGUGUAGACAUUCUGCUGGAAUAUUAUAGUUCUAAAGAGCCAGUGCGGUAUGGCCAGUGCUGGGUCUUUGCUGGAGUCUUCAACACUUUUUUGAGAUGUAUAGGAAUCCCUGCAAGAGUCAUCACCAAUUAUUCCUCAGCCCAUGAUAACGAUGCCAAUUUACAGCUGGAUGUCUUUUUAGAUGAAGAUUCAAAGGUGGAUAAUAAACUCACAAAAGACUCCAUCUGGAAUUACCAUUGCUGGAAUGAGGCUUGGAUGGCCAGACCUGACCUUCCUGUUGGCUUUGGAGGAUGGCAGGCUGUGGAUAGCACUCCGCAAGAAAACAGUGACGGAAUGUACCGAUGUGGCCCAGCUUCAGUUCAAGCUAUUAAACAUGGGCAUGUCUGCUUCCAGUUUGAUUCUCCUUUCAUUUUUGCAGAGGUCAACAGUGAUGUUGUCUACUCAAAGGUCAUGAAAAAUGGAACAAAGGAGGUUAAAUAUAUUGACAAGACUCAGAUUGGGAAAUUAAUUCUGACCAAGGAUGUGGGUAGGGAUGGAAAAAAAGAUGUUACUGACCACUACAAAUUCCAAGAAGGCACAGAGGAAGAAAGGCUGGCUCUUGACACUGCCCUGAUGUAUGGUGUUAAAAAGCUGGUCACUUCGGAUGUCAUGCCCAGUGCGGAGGUUGACAUGGACUUUCAAGUGGAAGAUUCAAUAAUUGGUAGUGACUUCAAAGUCCAUGUUACUUUCAAAAAUAACACCCAAAACCAGUACACCGUGGAUGCUUACCUUUCUGGAAACAUUGUGUUUUAUACUGGAGUCUCCAAGACUGAGUUCAAGAAUCACAGUUUUGACGUGACUCUGGAACCUGCAAAAUCUCAAACUGCUGAGGUGCUAAUCAAGGCCAGCGAGUACAUGAGCCGGUUGCUGGAGCAAGCUUCCCUGCAUUUCUUCGUCACAGCCCGUGUCAACGAAACACAGAAGAUCCUGGCCAGGCAGAAGAGCGCCGCGCUGAAAAUCCCACAAGUGGUCAUUAAGGUUCCUGGCGAGAAAGUAGUUGGCAAGGAAAUGAUAGUGUUAGUGGAAUUCACCAACCCACUGAAUCGGGACCUAAGAGAUGUUUUGGUACGACUUGAUGGGCCUGGUGUACUGCACCCCACCUCAAAGAAGUUCAGUGAGAUCCCAAGGAAUUCAACCUUGACCUGGGAAGAAAAAUGUACUCCAAAGCGGGCCGGCCUCCGAAAGCUGAUUGCAAGCUUGAAUUGUGAUGCCAUACGGCAUGUCUAUGGUGAACUGGACAUUGAUAUUCAAAGUGCUGCAUAAAGAGAUUUCCUUCCCUAUUCUUUCUUCUCUUUUCUACCCAGCAUUUCAGAAAUGUCAUUACAAAAGGGUAUUCUUCUAAGGGUAUAUGUACAUUUGCUGUGUAUGUACCUGGUUUUGUUUCUUUUUCUGAAGUUGCCCCUAUAGUAUUUUCCAACUAAAAUCCUCAAAGUUAAUAAAAUAAGGCAGAGGAUAAUAUUCUUGGAAGUUCUCUUGCACAACCCCUAUUGAGAUGAAGGGGAACAGCUCCAGAGCACAAGAGAGCAGUUUUGUGUUGAUCAUUGGGCUUGUGCAAGAAAACUUCUCAAGGUAUUGUGGCCAUAUUUUGGAGAUAUGGUGUGAAAGUCUUGCUCAUACUAUUUUUUCUACUCAACAGCUUCUAUUGAUCUAAGCAUAUCUAAUCAAUGAAAGUUAUACAUAUCCAAUUAACAAAAUAAGUGUAAGGAACAUGAAAGUAUUCACAAUUAGAUCAAAUUAGCCAGAUGUCAUUGUAAGCCACAUUUUUUUAUGCUUAUAUGUAUUGAGGAUCUAUUUCAUUAGCGCUAAGACAAAUCUUGGAGUACUCUGAACUUUCAUUUUAAUCAAGGCCUAAUAUUUCAUAGUUUUUUAAAAAGCUAAUAAAAAAUUAACCAAGAAGGUAUUGUCAUGGAGUAAGCUUGUUCAGAUGCAAGUAUGGGUUUGUUACCACAGUAUCAAACACUUUGCCCUCUUCUGCAUAACAUAUAGCAAUAUGGAUUUGCAUGAUUCUUAUAAAACAGCCUUAAUCAGGUUCUCUGAAGCAGCAGCAAAGACAUUUUUCUAAAUAAAUAUAAAAAAUUGUAGCUGUUAUGUAGGAGACACUACAAGUAGAAUUAGCCCGUGGGUAGAAAAGGCACGGGACAGUAUAUAAAUCCUUUACCAUGCUAACUCAUUUUCCUGGAGAGUUGCUUGAAGAAGCAAUGUAAGUUGCAGGAGACCACUUCCACUUAUAUCCCUUACUACAGUACCAUUUGAGAUCCCUCAGAGGACUCCAGGUAGUGACUCCUACUCUAAAACGUUUACAGGCCCCAUUGAGAUCAUAGCUCACCACCCGUUGCUCAUAAAGUACAAGUAAUGAAAGUUGUGCUGGUAGAACAUGAGUCAGUUUUAAUGCAGUGGGGCGGAGGGAACGCCGAUAUGGAGAAAAUAGUUUCCAUCAGCUGUUCAUAGAAUCAUUGGGUUGGAAGGGACUUCUAGGAUUAUCUAGUCCAACCCCCUGCACAAUGCAAGAAAUUCACAACUACCCCCCCCCCCAACUGUCCCAGUGAUCCCCACUCCAUGCCCAGAAGAUGGCAAAACACCUCCAGGAUCCCUAGCCAAACUGGUCUGUGGAAAAUUGCUACCUGCCCCCCCCCCCCACCCCAAGGUGGCAAUCGGCAUUGCGCUGGUCAUGUAAGAAGGCAUGUAGCUGUUGUUAGACUGUUGCAACAAAAAAGUCCAAUGGUAGCUUAAAGACAGGCAUGUUUAUUGUAGCAUAAACUAUUGUGGGCUUGAGCCAGUUUUGAGAAUGGGCUGACUACAAGUGUGCUUCAAUACAUAUUUUUAGUCCUUAAAAUAAUGUGAUCCUUUUCUUUUGUUCUUAAAAAUGAUGUUAACUCCAAGGACACAGAAAAUCUUCUAAGGAGUACUGCUUCUUCGGCAAACAGAUGGGGUUAAAGGUACCCCAAUACUCCAUUCUACAAGGUGCUUCUUCAGUAUAGCAGGUUGAGUUACUUGGUUUCCAGGUCAUUGAACUGCUUUUCUCAAAAUGUUACCUAACUCAAGUGUGUACUCCCUUGGCUUGCAUGCACACUCAGAGUUAAGCUAUUGUAAAGCGAUGAAUUGUCUGCUUCUCACUUCUGCCUGAAGAAGUGCUGCCUGUGGCUCUCAAAAGCUUACUUUAUAUCUAACCAAGUUUAUCCAAUAAAAGUUUUACUUUACCUA